AUGUUUAGCCGAAGCUCACGCAGUGCUCUCGCAUUAGGUCGGCUCAAUCGCAUAUCUGUGACUGUGCCCUGGCACCCUGCUGUUCGCAACCAAGCCAUGUCUUCCAGUGCGCCGAACUACGGCUUGGUGACCAGUAUACAAACGAAUGAAGCAUAUGCUCCAUUUGCCCACUAUUCACAAGCGAUCAAAGCCGCCGGGCAAGUAUGGCUGUCAGGCCAGAUUCCGGCGGAUGCUCAAGGCAAUUUGAUCAAAGGUUCAAUGACCGAACAAACCCAAGCGAUAAUCAAGAAUACCGAAGCAAUUCUCAAAGCCUCGGGUACCGGACUCGAUAGAGUCGUUAAGGUAGUGGUCUAUGUAAAAGAUGCUACAGUUAUGCCUGAGUUUGCAUCUGUUUAUGAUCCUGCUUUUCCCCAUCGCCCUGCAAGGUCUAUGGUGGAGGUGUCCAAGCUACCGGCCGGUGUGGACAUCCAGGUUGAUUUUAUAGCUGUUGUAUGA